GAAAAUAUUAAGGAAAAGUGGCGUAAAUAAGAAAAAAAAGGCAAAGAUUAGAGAUGUGGGAUUUUAUAACUUGUGGUAUCUUAAAAUACUAGUAUAAGAUAAACCCUAUGCAAAACGAAUAAUAUAACCUUUAUUAAUCAUCAUAACCUAGAAAACCGAUAAAUAUAUAUAUAAAAACCAGUGUAAUUAGUAAAAAACAAAAAAACUGUCCCUUGGAAGUGAGACGGCCCACAGAGUCGCGCCAAAAACGUGGAUCUACAGGCCAGGCAUCUUAUGUUUAACCAGGUGUACAAGGUGCUGGCUUUCAAGGGCCCCUCCACACCUACAGACACACGCACACACCACCAGAUACAGGAAGAAUUAAUUGAUGAGCUACAGAACUACAGCAUCGUUCAGGUGGCAGCCGGAGACCAGCACUCUCUUGCUCUCACCUCCUGGGGCCUGAUCUACGCACGGGGUGACAAUGGGUACGGUCAGCUUGGCGUCAACUCCUGCGACAGUCACACCGCCACACGCAAGCUUGUCAAGAGUCUGGCCAGGAAGGUGACAGUGCAGCUGGCCUGUGGCGCCAACCACACCCUUGCCUUGACUGCUGAUGGUGACAAAAUACCUUCGGCCAGUUGGCACUUAGACACCGACAGGGGCCCCAGAAAGACCCUGCCCUGGUGACCUCCUUGGCUGGCACCCUCUUAGUCCUGCUGGCCGCUGCGGGUCACCACUCUGCUGCCGUGACCCAGGCCGGCUACCUGCUGUUGUGGGGGUCAAACAAGCAGGGUCAACUGGGCUAUACUCCCAAGGAUGAUCCUCUUGUUAGUGACACCCCAGCGUUGGUGCCGAAUUUGGCCUCUUAUUCUGAACCAAUUGGGUAUGUGGCACUUGGGGAGAGCCACACAGCGGCACUCGACUCUUUAGGGAAGCUGUGGACCUCUGGGUAUGGACGCUGUGGGCAGCUUGGUCACGGCACGACAGAUAACUGCCCCAUUCCUCGCACUGUGCUUGACCUGUGUGGCUCAGAGGUCGGCCAGGUCGCCUGCGGGAGAGGUCAUACCCUGGUCUACAUCCCCUUGCAGGGCCACGUGUAUGCAUUUGGCCAGGGGCUCUGAGGGCAGCUGGGCACCAAGACUCCACACAGCAGGGAAUUACCUCAAGGGGUAGUGUGCCCAUGGGUGUCCCCAGGGGGUGCCAGCGGAGGACAGCCCCAGUGUGUGUUUGAGGCAGAUCUUCGCAGGGGGGACGUCAGCAUGGCCACCGUCAGCAGGGAGAGUGGGGGUGCUGAGGACUUGCAUCCCUCCCCUACCCCAAUCAAAUGCCCUCUCUCUCACAAUUCAAGAACAUAUGAUUAAGAAACUUCUGUCAAUUGAGGAAGAAGACAUGAUUGAUGACGAUUUGUUUACGUACACAGAGACAGUGUUUGCCUCAGUGUGCGCUUGGAACAGCUCCCUCACGCUUGCUGGCUUGCACAAACACACACACGGGCUGGACUACCGUUUGGCUGAGGACUGUGUGGCUCAGAUUGGCCGGAUUGCAAGGGAGACCAUCCAGGAAGUGGCGAGUGCGUGCGUUUGUGUGCGUUUCACUGCAUUUUACUGAAGGUUUCCCAGGACAAAACAGGACAAACCGACCUGCUGGCAUUUCACACGCAGAAUCUCACAAGCGUCCACUGAUCCAUUACCGAGCUAAUCCAAACGUAUCCAAACGUCCACAGGUUCGUACUGGCAUUCAAAACGUGGCCAAGAGUCUUCCUUCGCAUCCCCCCAGCCAGGACGCCUUACGCUGUUAUGUCCUUCCCCUGUACAAGGACUUCACUGACCCUAAACAAACGGCCAAACUCCAAACGCCGUAUGCUGAGGGAGUGUUGAAGCUUGACAAGGAGAUGGCGGAGGUGUUCAGGACUUUCCACUAAGGCUGGUUACUGUGUACAAGAAUGUGGUGGUACAAAUACUGAAUUUUGCUCACCAAUCUAGCUCUGAGAGACCGGCGUGCCCUUGUGCCUCCCCUGCGGCUGUUGUCCCUGGUCCACGGUCUGAACUUCCAAGCCGGCUGCCGAGUGGGGCGGUUGAACUACGACGACUUUUACAUCCCAGAAAUUGCAGAGAAAAUUGAUAUUAGGAAUGAUUACUUGAACUGGAUGAACAGCAGGCUUCACCCGAUGUCCAGGAGGGAGAGUCCAAUCCUGUUCUGUGAGUAUCCAUUCUUGUUCGACCCUCAGGCCAAGACGCUGCUGCUCAGGUGUGACGCCACUCGGCAGGGCGAAUGUUUCCCAGACCACCCGGUCAUACGCACGUUCUGGGAAGUAUUUCACAAACUCUCCCUGGAGCAGAAGAAGUGGUUUUUGAAGUUCCUGACGGGCACUGACAGGGUUCCUAUUCUGGGCAUGAAGGCACUCAAGUUGAUGAUCCAAAGCACAGCAGACGACAGCUUCCUUCCGGUCGCACACACCUGCAUCGCCCAACUCGACCUGCCAAAAUACAACACCAAAGAGAAGCUGAAAUACAAACUUCUACAGGCCGUACAGCAGAGUGAAGGGUUCGGCCUGGUGUGAGGGUGUCAGGGGGUGUUGACGGGGUGUGAGGGGGUGUUGAAGGGUGUGAGGGGGUCAGGGGGAGGCUGUGUGAGUUGGAUAAGAGUGACCUUGUGUGUGGGAGGAAGUGCCUGUUAAGAAAAUAGAAUAUAUAGAAAUUAAUAGAAAAUAUAUGUAAUAGUUUACAGAAUUAUUAUUAUUAUUAUUAUUAUUAUUAUUAUUAUUAUUAUUAUCAAAUUGAGUAUAUUUUUUAGUCUUGUUACAAAAAAAAAUGAGUGAAAUAAAGAAAAUGAAAAAGGUAA